AUGUUUGUACAAUACCUUAUUCUUCCAAACGGAAGCGAGAAUAGCAUCAUUCUUUGGGCGUUUUGUGCACAACUCUUCUUCCUAGAUGGAAGCGAGGAUAACGCUCAAUUUGAUGUUUUGUAUAAUACUCUCUUCUUCCAAGUGGAACGUGAUCGUUUAUUUAAAUCAAUUUCAAAAAAGCGCCAAACCAAAUAUUUGCAUGCGAAAGUACAAUGGAAGAAGGAUUUUAAAAGAAACAUAGAGGAAAUGCAGAAGGCAAUGAAACAAGCCAGUUGGAUGAGUAAAGACGAACAACACAAAGUCGAACAAGUUGUUGAUGCGUUCGUCAAGACAAAGUUAGAACGUCUUCAUUUUACAUCACCCAGUGUUAUCGGA